AUGAUACGGUGGCUGCAGAAUCGUUCGCUUCUAGCGAAUCCUCUUCACUGCGGCGCUUGUCACGAGGACAUGGUUAUGGUUGGGAGAACCGAUGGCCACAUCGACGGUUAUCAAUGGAGAUGCAGGACAUGCAAGAAAAAGCGAAGUUUAAGGGCCAAUAGCUUUUUCGCUGAAUUCCCCAAAAUUCCUCUGGGGGAAAUGAUGAUGACAUUCUAUUUUUGGUCCAUCGAUGAAUCACGAACACGAACAUCGAGAAUGAUGACCAUGAACAGAAAUCUGGUAUGCACUAUAUUCAGACGUUUGGAGGGUGUGUGUUCCCAGGACAUCACCGACAACCCGUUCAUCCCCUUUGGCGGCCCAGCAUCGGUGAAGUGCGAUGAAAGCAAAUUCAAUCAUAAGGCGAAGUACAACAGAGGAAGACGUGCUCCAGACGUGUGGGUAUUCGGAGUCAUCUCAACAGCUACGAGACCUGCUAGGGGAUUUUAUGAAGUGGUUGCCAGAAGGGAUCGCAACACUCUUUUACCGAUUCUCGAGAAGUGUCUCCUUCCUGGGAGUGAGGUUAUCACGGACGACUGGGGCGCCUAUGAAAACCUUGAGCAGCAUCUUCCCAAUCACGUAGCCCGGCAUCGAGUCGUUGUCCACGCCGACAAUUUUGUUGAUCCAGCGACAGGGGUACACACCCAGGAAGCAGAAUCGGCGUGGGCAAAUUUGAAGGCUCCUAUUAAAGCACGACGUGGCAUUUCACGUGAUGACGUUCAGACGUAUCUCGAUGAUAGGAUGUGGAGGCAAUGGCGAGGUCUAGACAAUAUCAUUGGUAAUUUUUUGCCUGUCUUAGCCUCGCAAUAUAGGGACUACGUAAUUUAA